CUGCUAUUAUCUAUGGAUUAUUGCUUAUCACUUAUCUUUGUUUGUGAUAUAUGUUUGUGAGUGGUUUUAAAAUGUUAAAACAGAAAUAAAGUUAAGAAUAAAGAACUGAUCCAUUUAAAAAUAGAGUACACAUAUUUUCAUAAAAUUAUAAUAUAAUUUAAUAUAUUACAUACAUUAAGAUUAUCUAGUUAAGAAAAUGGCAACCCCAAUGAACGCACGAGAAUCUGAACGUCAUUUAACGUGCCCUUAUAAUCCUUGUCAUCAAAUUUUAUCGGGGCGAAUGGCAACUCAUUUAGUGAAAUGUAAGAGGAACUACCCAGAUGCUAAGAUCGUAGAAUGUAAAUAUAACAACACCCAUAGGAUACCAGAGCCGGAACUUAAGUAUCAUCAUGAUCAUUGUAAAGAUAGAGUUACGUUAGAUAAGUAUAUGUAUGUCCCAGAAACCAAUAAUCAAGAUAAGUAUCCUGUUCCUAAAUAUGAUCUUUCUACUGAUGGGGAAUGUUGGGAUGAUGUAAACGUUCCUACGUACAAUCCUGAAGAACAUAUAAAAGACAAACCAAUUUUAAGAAACAUUAUGGUCCAGUCAGCUGCAGUUAAAAGAGAUUUUCGAAAUAAUGAAAGGCAAAGGCAUCAGAAACUCAGUAAUAUGAACAAGUGUAGUGAAGAAAAGUCAGCCGAAAAUUUUGAUACAGGACGAGCUCGCAGACCAGCAGCUUUACCAGUUGCAGCUAGAAAAGCUGCAAAAGAUGUAAGUGAAGAUGAUCCUGUAAUUGUAGCAAGUCUGAUGGAGAAAGUAAAACUUGGUGCAGAAUCUGGACCAAGACUUCCUAAUUAUUCUUUGAAUCAGAAAUCAAAAUUAACCACUGAAAAUUUAAAUGCAGUGGCAGGCAACAGUUCACAGGCACGUAAUGGUGAUUUCUGUGUUAAAACUGACGUGAGCUCAAGUUUCACGGAUUCAGGACAUGGACCUUGGACAGCUGCAGAUAUAGCUAAAAAGGCUGUUAAACCGCGUUCUGUCGGAAGAGGGAGAUCAAUUGCUAAGGAUAAGUGAUUUUACCUUUGUAUCUUAAAAUUUGACGCAGGUACAUUGUACAUGAAGUUAUUGUUUUUUUUUUUUAUUACGAAUAAUGUUAAUGUUAUGACUUUCAUUAGUUGAAUUUUUAAAAUGUCAGUGGAUUACGUUAUUAUUUGUUAAUUGCAUUUACCAAAGUAAUUAUCACCUAAAGUUUAUAUGUAUAUUUUAAAUAAUAAUAUGUAGUUCUUGCCUUAGUGUUUAAAUCACUAUAUAAUUAUUAGGAAUUGGUUUUUACUUUCAUAUUAACUUGUAACAUUUGCUUUUUAUUUUUCUUCAUCUCCGCAUAUGGAAUAAAUGUAGGCGAAAACUAAUAUGCAUGAUAAAUAAUAGCGUAAUACUUACGUAAUCAAAUAAAUUCUAUUUUGUAGACAGUAUUUUUAUAAGCGGUGUUUAAAAGUUAUAAAAGGAAUAAAAAUUUUAUUCGACC